ACAGCACGAAGUUUCAGUUUUGCAAGAGUCAGCAAACGAAACUGGCAGAUACCAUUGUGGAAGAUGGAGGCAGACCUGAAGCCUGUUCCAGAGGUUGACCUCACCAAGGUCAAAUUGGAUGCUAACAAGGUCAAGGUCAAGGCUGGAACUUGGGAAGGUGACGUUACUUACAUCCAGGGUGUGCCCACAACAAAGUCAAAACAAGAUGUCCUUCUCUUGCACGGUGCCAGCUUUUCAGCUCAGAAUUGGAAGGAAAUCAAAACUCUGGAGACAUUUGGAGCCUUGGGCUUUAGAAUGGUGGCCAUAAACAGGCCUGGGUCUGUUCUGUCAAAAGAUGCAGUGGAAUUCCUGGUGAAUCUGAUCCAAGCCCUCAAGCUGGACAAGCCAGUUGUGGUGAGCCCAUCUGCUAGUGGCCAGUUGGCCAUUCCUCUGCUUGCUAAGGGAGAAGAACAUAUACAAGGAUUCGUAUCACUGGCCCCGGUAGCAACAGACUCUUUCACCCCAGAGUUGUACAAGAACAUCAAGGUGCCGAUUUUGAUUGUUUACGGUGAGAAGGACACAGGUUUGGGUCACCAAUCACUGGAAAACCUGAAGAACAUUCCCAACCACAAGACAUAUGUCAUGAAGGACGGAGGCCAUGCUGCUUACAUCAGCAAACCGGAUGAAUUUCACCUGUAUUUGUACAACUUUUUAGAAGAUAUCACUGCAAAGAACACCUGAGUUUAAAUCUAGAGGUACAUGUGACAUUAACAUUGUAUGUCAGGCAGAUGUUUAGACUGUAUUGACAGGUGUUUAGACUGUACAGGCAAGUGUUUAGUUUGUACAUACAGGCAAGUUUAGACUGUACAGACCGGUGUUUAAACUGUAUAGACAAAUGUUUAGGUUGCACAGACAAGUGUUUAGGUUGUACAUACAGGCCCGUUUAGACUGUACAGACAUAUGUUUAGUCUGUACUGGAAGAUGUUGUACAUAUGGGUACAUAUUUAAAAUGUGGAGGCAAGUGUUCAGAUUGUACAAAGAGGUGAUUAUUGUAGUGGCAUCUUCAUCUUGACAACUCCUUAUGUGCCAUUUCUUGAUAAGUCCAGCAGAACAUGCUCAGAACUGAAGCUGGAAUACAAAGAUCUUAAAAAUUGAUCAAAGGCUCAUUUAUUUUGUAUUCAUCAAUAUAUAUACUGGUGUCCUUUGCAUGGUGUUCCUGUAAGGCAGCAUUGUUGAUCAUAAAAACUAAAGUUUUUGUUCGCAGAAAACCAAAUCCUGGAAUUAUGUUUCACAAGCUUUGUGCCCUGCAGUCGUGACGAGUAACACAAAUUUUAUCAGUGGACAUGAAGAUCCUUAUUUUUGUCAUUUUCUGGGCUGCACAACUUUGUUUCUAUACAUUCAGAUGUGAAUUUGUGAAUGCUAUGGGCAAUGGGCUGAAACCACUUUAGAGGCUAUAGUGUGACUGGGACUGUUGUAUCUCUCCAUUGUGGAUGAUAUGAAAGCUGGCAUUCUCCUAGUGUAAUAUCACAGGCAAAUGACCCUGAUAUUAUGUGUUUAUAUUUUUACCAGCUAUCUCAUGAAAAGAGCAUGGUCAUAUGCCCAUCAGAAUAUCAGU